AUGGACUAUGAUAAAGAAAAUGAUAUUAAUGAAAGUCAAAGUGAUUUAGAGUUAAACACAAAUAACUUACAUUGCAUGGAUAACAAGAAUUCAAAGGAAAAGGACAAAAUGCAGGAAUCAAAGAGACAGAAUAUUGAUAAAAUGUCCGCAAUAGGAAUACUAACGAGCAAUAGAAGUAGACCACUUCAAAAAAGAAAACUUUAUGACAGUUUAGGUAAUAAUAAGGAACGCAAACAGUAUAAGAGACAAGAGUCUAUAACUUCAAAAAUAUCACAAUAUAAUAUAUUAGCAGAUUCAAAAAUUGAGCUUGUGCAAUUUAUGGUAGAAGAUUUAAAGGCGAAAUUGAAAUAAAAAUAUUAAAAACGCAAUUAGAGAAGGAGAGAUUGGAAGUACAAAUAUU